GAAACGAUGGGAGAAUUAAUGGAUAAGCACGCCACAAGCAUGUCAAAGUAUCCAAUACUUCUAGACCCAGGUGAGUUUCGACGUUCAAGUGGAGGGGUCAGGGGACACCGCCCAGGCUAAGCCCAGGGUCCGUUCUCCCCAAUAACCCACCGGUACCUAAAGUUAGUACUGCAGGAAACCACUAUCGGUCCUCUCAUAAGGCAGCACUACCAUCCUCUUCUCCUUUCAGCCCUCGCUUUCAUAAUUCUCUAUUUCCUUUCUCACUAGCACAAUUCACUGUGACAGCUCGAUACCAUCUCAAUCCCGUCCCACAUUCAACAAAUCUUGCCAUGAAGAAGUUUGGCUUCGGAAAGAAAGGCGAUGAUGGUGAUGACGCCAACCGCCACGCCCUCUUUGGUCGCAAGAAGUCGUCUCAGUCUAGUUCCUCUGAGAACCCUUACGCCAAACAAGGCGGAAAAGACCCCUAUGCCGACGAUGCAAAGUAUGCCAACGUAACCCCUUAUCAGCAAGCCCGCGCUGGUCUCAACAACGGCCCUGGCGCUCCUGGCGUCCAGGCUCCGAAUUCCUACGGUGCUCCCGCUCCUGCACAAGGAAGCUUCAACUCUCAGCCCCAGCCUCCGAGCGGAUACGGUGCUGACCGAUACGGAUCCGGCGGCGGCUAUGGUGGAAAUCGAUAUGGCGACUCUGCUCCUCAGAACAGAUACAACAGCCCCGGCCCAGCUGCUGGUGCAAGAGGCCCCGGUGGCUAUGGUGGUUUUGGACCCAGUGAGCCUGACACCAACAGAGACAACUUGUUCGCUGGUGCUCAGGAACGCCAGGCCCAGAAGCAACAACCUACCAACAACGGUCCACAGUCAGGAGCCGACGGCGGCUCGUACGGCGGUUAUGGUGAGGAGCGCGAGUUGACCGCUGAGGAGCAAGAAGAAGCUGAAUAUCAAUCUAUUCUGGCGGAGAAGCGACAACUUCAGCAGGACAGUGCAUCCUCAGUCAGCCGGUCGGUACAAAUGGCUCGGCAAGCCAACGAAGUCGGUCGCGCCACCCUAGCUCGCCUGGGAGCUCAAGGAGAGCGAUUGAACAACACGGAAAAGCAUCUUGAUCUAGCUGCCAACCAGAACAAGAUUGCUCAAGACCGAGCUGCCGAACUCAAGACACUCAACGGAAGUAUGUUUGCCGUGCAUGUCAGCAACCCUUUUACCUCCAAGCAACGCAAGCAAAAAGCGGACGAUGAGGUCAUGGCACGCCAUCGAUCUGAACGAGAACAACGAGAAGCCACCCGCCGUGAUGGUUUCCAAGCCAACCAGCGCAUGGAAGGCAACUUCAGAGACAUGAACACCGUGGGCCGGCCACGACAGCAACCUCGUAAGAAGGAAUACGGCAAAUAUAACCUUGACGAUGAGGAGGGAGCGGAUGAGCUUGAGGACCAGAUCGAUGAUGGCAUCACCGAGCUUGAGGGCCAAGUGUCCAUGAUGAAUAUGGUCGGCAGAGCUAUUGGCAAGGAGGUUGACUCGCAGAACAAGCAGAUCGACCGUAUUAUGAACAAGGCAAGUGGUAGCGAUGCUGUUGACGAUGCCACGAGAAUGAACCGAGAACGAUUGGCCCGUAUCAAUCCUGUCUUGGUCGUGAUCAAUUGUAUAAACCAACUCAAAAGAAUCCGGGUUUUGGAGCAUUCUAAGGGACAUGUAUACAUGAAAAUCGAAUCACUGUUUAAUCUGAAAAUUUCCACCGUCGCCAACUCUUCAGCCAGCACCAUGACAACUGAUAAUUCUGGCCCUCCUCCGGCGAAAAAGAGGAAAACCAAAAAUAAGACUGACCCAAAUGCUAUUACGAUAGGGGGGAAAACAAUUUCCCUCGAAGGGUAUCUCACAGCGCCCUCAAAGGCUGUACCUGCAGCCUCAACAUCAGCAUCAGACAGCCCAACAGCCCCUACAACCACCCCUUCAGCUGCCUCUGUCGCCACCACAGAGGCAAGGAAGGAAAGGCCAGAGCACAAGAAACCUCCUAGAGGGCGCGAUAGUAGUGAUAGGUCUCGGACUCGGGAUGAUCCAAAACUGCUCAAGACACGCAAAGAGCUUCCAAUAUGGCAGUAUCGCGAGGACAUUCAGAAAGCGCUGCGAAAGUCCGGCAGCGACGUGCUCGUGCUAGUGGGUGAGACAGGUUCUGGAAAAAGUACUCAGGUUCCUCAAUUUCUCUAUCAGGAGCCCUGGUGUAGACGUCAAAAGACCAAGAUCGCCGGCUCAGACGAUGAGAUUUCAGUGGGUGGCAUGGUCGCAAUCACGCAGCCUCGACGAGUCGCCGCGACAACUUUGGCUCAUCGUGUUUCUCAAGAAGCUGGGACUCCUUUAGGGAAAGGAGGACGAGAUGGGUUGGUCGGUUACUCGGUUCGAUUUGACCACCAGGUCCCAAAGGGAUCAAGGAUCAAAUUCUUGACUGAGGGUAUGUUGCUUCAGGAACUUCUGCGGGAUCCCAAUCUCAGGAGUUACAGCGCUAUCGUGGUCGACGAAAUUCAUGAACGCAGUCUUGAUGUUGAUCUCCUAGUUGGUUUCCUGAAGCAGAUUCUUGCAAGCGACUUGUCUGGCCGCGGGGGCAUCCCGCUCAAAGUGGUCAUCAUGAGUGCGACAGCAGACGUGGAGGGCAUUCAAGAGUUCUUCAAGGAUGUGCGACCAAAGAACGAGGGCGAAAGCACACUGCAGGUUCUUAAGAUCAAGGGACGACAGUACCCCGUCACAGUUCACCAUGAACCGCGACCUGUACCCGACAUCCAGGACGCCCUUCUCAAGACGAUAUACAAGAUACACUUGCAGGAGCAGCUUCCGGGAGAUAUCCUUGCUUUCCUGACCGGUCAGGAAGAGAUUGAGGCUGCCCAAAAGCUGAUUGAGGAAUAUGCAGAAACUCUUGCCUCUAACGUCCCCAAGAUCAGGGUGUUCCCCUUGUAUGGUCAACUCUCGAUGGACGCGCAGCGCGAGGCCUUCUUACCUGUCAAGACUCCUUUUACACGUAAGAUUGUGCUGGCGACAAAUAUUGCUGAGACAUCCGUCACUGUUCCCGGAGUCAGAUAUGUGGUGGAUUGCGGUAAAGCAAAAGUGAAGCAAUACCGAGCACGCCUGGGCAUGGAAUCUCUUCUUGCGAAACCUAUCUCGAAAUCAUCCGCUGUGCAGCGAACUGGUCGAGCAGGCCGUGAGGGCCCCGGAAAGUGCUUCAGAUUAUACCCAGAAUCAGCCUUCAAGACACUGCAAGAUUCCGAUCUUCCCGAGAUUCUUCGCAACGACGUCUUGGGAGCAGUUCUGACCAUGAAGGCACGAGGAAUUCAGGAUGUCCUUGCUUUCCCUCUCAUGGAUCCCCCAGAGAUAGAAGCAAUCGAGAAAGCUCUGAUUCACUUGCAUUUCCUUGGUGCUCUCAAUGAUGAUGGCACUAUCACGAGGACUGGCGAAACGAUGGCCCGCUUUCCGAUUUCUGCGCCGUUGGGGGCUGUUUUGCUUGCUGCUGCGGAUCCCGAGUUUGAUUGUGUGGUUGAGGCGAUCGACAUAAUUUCCUGUAUCACAUCUGGAGAGGAUAUCUUCUUGAGUAUCCAGUCUGAGCAGGCCCAAGAAGAGGUGGAAAACUUCAGAAAGGAGCUCCAACGCCGUGAGGGAGACAUCAUCACAUAUCUUUCCACCAUCCAACAAUACACCGCGGAGAACGCAGACAGAGUAAAUUGGUGCAAGCAACGGAAGAUUAACAUGAGAAACAUGAAACAGGCUCUGAACAUUCGAAGGCAGCUUCGGGGUAUGUGUCUUAAGGAGAAGCUCCUGGAUGAGGCUCCACCGGCUGAUCCUCAACCAUUUGUUCCCAUCUCCCCAGAACGCGCUGAGCAAGUCCUCAAGUGUUUCCUGAGAGGCUUCGCUUUGAAAACUGCUAUGCUGGCUCCUGACGGCAGCUUUGUCACGGUCCAAGGCAAACACGUCGUUGCCAUCCAUCCUGCCAGCGUAUUGCAUGGGCAGAAGAAAGAAGCUAUCAUGUUCCUCGAGCACGUCUACACAAAUAAGAAUUACGCCAAGAAGGUCAGCGCCAUCCAAGCUACAUGGAUUGUUGAAGCAAUGGGAGGCAAGUAG